GCCCGAACUGCGGUGUGAGGACGUUGAUUUUCGUGACCCCCGCGGCCGCAGCAGCUGCGGCCGCGGCGGUGGCGGCGUAUGCCCGCAUGAGGCUGAUUGAUAGCCGCUGCGGGAUGCGCAUCGAAGGGUUUGUGGAGUGUCCAUUUGCCUCUCGCACGAUGAGAAUACCGGGAGAAUGCUCCAGAUCUCUCUGGGUAUGGAGGAUUCCAGGAUGCUCCGGUCUCGCAUUAAGCUUCUUGCUCAACGCUAUGCGGGACCUAUUUAUUGAAAAUCGGCGGGCUAGGUGCGGCCUAGUGCGGGCAGGGUUAAGCCCGCAUCCCCGCACACACCGAGGAACUAGGUACCAGUACACACCAGAGUGGAAGGCAGGGCGACCACCGGCAACUACUGAGAACCUCAGCCUUCGGAACAACCAUGAUAUCCAGGGAUGCCUUAUUGCCUAUCGCUGCAGUCGGGACUCAGCAUCUACUAGGUAUGUAUGUAUAAGUAAUUCCGGCCACGGUGGUCCGCAACGGACUCUUCGCCGCCGUCAAAAUUCAAACCCCUCAGUCUCGGAGCCUCCCGAAAGGAAACCGGGCGGGGCUGACAGCGCGAUCGGCAAACGAACGGUGAACCGUAACCUUCCUACGCCGAUCGGGCUGGUCAGAGACGGCGGUACUACUAGUAGAUAAAGCGGAAGCCCCAGAAUUCCCGGUCUCCCCAUGGACGAAGAGCAAAAAACCAAGACCCGAGCAGAAGUUGAAGGCCCCCCUCGUUAGCCCCCUUAGAACUACGGUUUUGCGGACGGUUCUUUUGCCAACGCCCUCCAGGCCGGAGGCGGGAUCGAGAGGAGAACACACACAGAACUUAGAAGGAACAGAGGAUAUGGAGGUUUAUCGCCUAUUCCGUAGAUGAUAAGAGAGAAAGAAGAAGAAGAAGGAGCAGACGACUAAGGAGCAGACGAUUAAGAAGCAGACGACUAAGAAGCAGACGAC